CUCAAAUUCAUCAAUCCCAGUUCGCUAACUCGUGGAAAAUAUCUAGCAAGUUCCUGAUCGAUUCCAAAAGGCUAUCCUUCGACUCUGGUGCUUCUCAACAUGAUUGUGCUAUCGCUGAUUAACUCAGCAGUUUAGCUCCUUAUUCAGAAUGAUUGCUGGAACUUGUGAAUCAGUCGAUGACGUUAACGGUGUCGCGAAUGUGAGGGAGUUCAAUGGUGGAUCUCUGGAAAAUGCUCUUCAAGAUCCCCAUGCUGCGAUUUUAAUUUCAAUCUUUGCUGCAAGAGAUGAAAAAGCCUGGUUUUCCUUCAAAGAGAAGUGCCGUUACUGAGAGAGUGAAUUAGCAGGCAAAGAGCAGUCUUGGGAUUGUAGGAAUAUCUCGUUGGCCUAUUUGCUGUUGCGCAAAUUAGAAGGAAUAUCAGCAAUCGUUUAGGCCAAGCAGGAAUAGUUGAUGCAAAGCUGUAACAAAGUCAAUGGAUAUCUAUUGAUCGAGGCUGAGAAAGUGAGUUCUAUCACAAAAGAAAAUCUUCUAAAAUUGUUAAAUAGUAAUCAACAGGACAGGAUACUCCCACUCUUAGUCUUCUAUUUGCUGAUAUUGUUGAUCCAAAAACAGGUGUUGCUGCCGAUGAAGUUCGUUGUCUCCUGGCAAUUGUUGCGUGUUCUUCAAGAUUUGAACAUGAGGAUUUACUCGCUA